UUAGUUUCCUGUUCUUCCUCUCUUUGAAUUAUUUUUGUCAAGAAGAUCAUCGUUAUAUAUGGCUGUUGAGUUAAUAGGAGGAGCUGUGGUGGGUGCAGCAGUAUCAGAACUACUGAAAGUAGUUCUACAGGCUAAAGAUAGAGUUACAAAUUUCAAGUCCUGCUUCAAACAACUCGAGUCCACACUGGAAACUGUAAUGGUUAAAGUCCAACAGAUACAAAAGGCAGAUGAAGAAAGAGGAUCAGACAGUAAAAGACCUGAAGUAGAAGCAUUGGUAUCGAAGCUAACGGACGGAAGAAUUCUUGUCAAGAGGUGUCUAAAAGUUCAAUAUUGGAAUUGGUACUUGAGAAACAAGUACUCGCUUGAAAUACUUGAAUUGGACACAUACCUAGUUAAGAUUUUUCAAGUGCACGUAGCCGCAGCUAUUUGGUCCGAUGUUGGACAAAUUUUAGCUGAUAUACAACACAUGAAACACAAUUUAGCUUUGAUGAGAGAAGCAAAUGGAAACCUGGAAUGGAAUCAGAAGUUAGAUCGAUAUGAUGAACGAAGACUAAGCAGUGGAGGUUUGAUUGGUGUUACUGAAGAACUGGACCAUAAAAUAUAUCAAUUCGGAAAAGAUGUAAGUAGUAAUAGAUCUGGAAAGUCAACUUGGGCAAACUAUAAUGUCGUAGAUUUGCUUAAGGUUGAUGCUGAUGCUGGCUUACUUGGGGAAGGAAAUUUUGGUGCUGUCUACAAGGCUUCCAUGGGAACGACCAACAGUGUUGUAAUCAAGAGGUUAAAGCCAGUCGACGUAGAUAUCAUCGUGUUUGAAGAGCACAUGGAAUUUAUCGGCAGCAUUAGGCACGAAAACGUAGCUGAUCUUCGAGCAUAUUACUGUUCUAAGGCGGAGAAACUUCUUGUGUAUGAUUACUACAAUGAGGGCAGUCUUUCGGAAAUGUUGCAUGGACAAUCUGGGCCUUGUUUAACCUUCGAAACUCCGUAUUGCACUCGGUGCGGCAAAAGGCAUUGCUUAUUUACACACUCUGAAGGACGGAACCUUUUUUCACGGGAACGUAAGAUCCUCAAAUGUUUUCGUCAACGCGCAAAACUGCGGAUGCAUUUCCGACAUUGGCCUAGUUAAACUGAUCAAUCUAGAACCUAAAACUGUCAAGGCAACUGGCUAUCAAUCCCCUGACAUGACAAGCCCCAAAGAAUUCUGCCAACAAUCUGAUAUCUACAGCUUCGGAGUUGUUCUGCUCGAACUCAUCACUGGGAAAUCUCCUGCUCUUGAUAAAUGGGAUGAUGAUACCCAAGCUGUUGAUUUGGUUCAGUGGGUUCAUACUCUGUUUCCUGAUAGCGUCAGCAGAUGUAAAUUAUAUGCUUUAGAUUUACUGAAGGCAUAUAAUGACAUAAAAGACGAAUUGUUAGUGAUGCUAAAUAUAGCAAUGAUAUGUGUUUUCGAAAUUCCAGAUCACAGACCAAAAAUAAGUGAUGUAGUGAUACUCUUGGAAGAAAUUCAAAGAGUAACCGUGGUUGACGUUUACCAGGUAUCGUACAAGCAAUUUGAUGGUUUCGAAGAACGAAGACCCACUACUGGACAUUUGAUUGGUCUUACUAAGGAGACAAAGCAGAGAGUAGAUCAGUAUGAAAGACAAUUCAAGGAUGAUAUAAGUGAAGCUAAAUAUUGUGCGCCAAAAGGAAGUGGAAAGACAACUUUGGCGAACUAUAAUAUAAUCGAUUUGCUAAGGGUGGAUGCUGAUGCUGGCUUGCUUGGGGAAGGAAAUUUUGGGACUGUCUACAAGGUUUCUGCGGGAUCGACUAAUGGUGUUGUAAUCAAGAGGUUGAAGCGAGUCGACAUAGGAAUCAGGGAAUUUGAAAAGCACAUGGAAUUUGUUGGGAGCAUACGGCACCAAAAUGUAGCUGAUCUUCGGGCAUAUUACUAUUCGGAGGGAGGAAAGUUUCUCGUGUACGAUUACUACACUGAGGGUAGUGUUGCUAAGAUGAUGCAGGGAAAACCAGGAGCAGAACCCAUAUCAGGAAGUCCUAAAUGCCAUUUAGCAUGGGAGACUCGACUAAGGAUUGCAAUUGGGGCAGCAAAAGGCAUUGCUUUUCUACACACUCUAAACAGCAGAACGUUUUCACACGGGAACAUAAGAUCAUCAAAUAUUUUCAUCAACACCAAAAAUUACGGAUGCAUUUCUGACAUAGGCCUAAUUCCACUAAUCAAUCUACAGUCUCAAAUUGUUCUCAAGGAAGCUGGUUAUCAAGCCCCAGAAAUAACAGACCCGGAAUAUAACAACCAAUUAUCUGAUAUCUACAGCUAUGGAGUUCUACUUCUUGAACUCAUAACCGGGAAAUCCCCUGCUCUUAACAAAUGGGGUGAUGAUGCUGAGGCUGUUGAUUUGGUUCAAUGGGUUAUUUAUGAAAUUCGAUCGAAAUGCGCUUGUAUAUAUGUAAUGGAUUACGAUUCACGGUCAUCUGAACCCUCACAAAUCAACUCAAUGAAGGGGGUGUUGCAGAUUGCAAUGAACUGUGUUCUGGCAACUCCAAGUGAAAGGACGGACUUGAAUUAUGUGGUGAAAUUGCUUCAGGAUAUUCUUAUAGAUUACAUGAAACAGAAAUCUGAACAUAAAUCAGAAUCAGAGUUUGUAAGCGAGAGUGGAGGUUUGGCCAUUCGUGUUACUGAAGAACCGAAGCAGAUUGAAAAAGGAGUAAGCAGCAGAAAUUUAAGUACAUGUAGAUUAGGAGAUUUGGGUGAACCAGAUAUAUCUGGUUCUUCAUGUGAGUUUCUUCCAUUAUUACCGUUAGGUUGUAUACUAUUUCCUGAUACCACUGUUGAAGUUGCUGUUGAACUGGUAAAGCCGAAGAUGUAUCUGCCAUUUAAGGAUGAUACCAGUAACGCAGAGUAUCAAGCACCAAAUGGAUGUGGAAAAACAACUUUGGAAAACUAUAAUAUAGAGGAUUUGCUAAGGGUUAAUUCUGACUUAAUUGGGGAAGGAAAUUUUGGGGAGGUCUACAAUGCCUUUGGUGGGACGACUAACAGUGUUGUGAUCAAGAGGUUGAAGCGAGUUGAUAUUGAAAUCAGUGAAUUUGAAAAACACAUGGAAUUUAUUGGGAGCAUUAGGCAUGAAAAUAUAGUUGAUCUUCGAGCCUAUUACUAUUCUGAGGCGGAAAAGUUUCUCAUGUACGACUACUACGCUGAUGGUAGUGUUGUAAAUGAUGCAAGGAAAACAAGGAGCAAAACCCAUAUGGGGAAGUCCUAAAUGUCAUUUAGCUUGGGAAAGUCGACUCAGGAUUGCGAUUGGCGCAGCAAAAGGCAUUGCUUUCUUACACACACUAAACAGCGGAACUUUUUCACAUGGGAACAUUAGAUCAUCAAAUAUUUUCCUCAACACCCAAAACUAC